AUGGCCGAAUACGCAGCUGCAGGGUAUUGCAACAUAGACGGCACUGUCGGCGACGUGAUCUCCUGCGAGGAUGAUGUCUGCGCCGACAUCGUCGCCAAUGGUGCCACCAUCGUGGCGACCCUCAGCACUGGAUACGAGUCUACCGGCGGUGUGAUCAUGAGGGACGAUGUCAACAAGGCGAUUGUGGUUUCUUUUGCCGGCACAGACUCGGAUAGUAUUAUCGACAUCCUAAUUCAUUAUCAAUUGCUUAGUCUCGACUUUGGCCUCGAAUCUAUCGGGAUGUGUGACGGGUGCGAGGUGCACAGCGGCUUUCACGGCGCCUGGGACGAUGUGUCCGAUACGGUCAUCAGCACUGUCCAGGACCUGGUGGAGGAGACCGGCUCCGAGUACAGCGUCACUUUCACGGGACACUCCCUCGGAGCCGCGCUUGCAACCCUGGGAUGCGCAUACUGGCGCAUCGACGGAGGCGCCUGUGAACUCUACACAUUCGGCUCCCCCCGCGUGGGCAACCUCGCCUUUGCCGAGUUCGUGUCGGCCCAGAGCGGCGACGAGUACCGCAUGACGCACCUGGACGACCCUGUCCCUCGUCUUCCAAGCCAUGACUUCGGAUAUUACCACACCAACAUGGAAUACUGGCUGUCGGACGGCACGGACACUACGACGGACUACACGGCUGCCGACGUGGUUGUCUGCACGGGGUAUUACAAUACGAGCUGUAACAGUGCGGGCUUGAUCAGCACAGACUAUACGGCACAUUCGUAUUAUUUGGAGCAUAUUAGCGUUUGCAGUUGA